AUUUGCAAGUAAAAAGAAGAAGAGAAUAAACAAUGUCGAAGCAAUAUGGUCUAAUAGUGCCUGGGCAGCAGAAGAAAACUGCUGCACCACCGCCCGCAACAAAGCCAUCUAUAUUCGAUGAGAACACCAGCUCGGAGAGCGACAAUGAUGCACCCCAAAUGCGUGCCAAGGCAGGCACUACUAGUGGGCCCAGUCUAAUGGAGCGAAGAGUGGCACGACGAAUGCAGGAGAAGGCACUGGCCGAGGAUCCCACCAUCUUUCAAUAUGACGAGCUCUACGAUGAGAUGGACAACAAGCGCGAGGAGGCCAAACAGACGAAAAGUCAAGAGCCGCGUAAACCCAAAUACAUUGGCCGGCUGAUGGAGCAUGCUGAGCGGCGCAAGCUGGAGAAUGAACUGCGCAUCGAACGACAAGUGCAGAAAGAGCGCGAAGCCGAGGGGGAGAAGUUCCAGGACAAGGACACGUAUGUGACAGCAACAUAUCGCAAGAAACUCGAGUCUAUACGGCUGUUGCAAGAGCAGGAACAGAGAGACGAGUAUCUGGAAGCAAUUGGCGAUGUCACCAAGCAAAAGGAUCUCGAUGGCUUCUACAGGCAUCUAUAUGAACAGAAAUUGGGCACAGACCAAGACAAACUGAAGCCGAAAACAGCACCAACAGCCGACGAUGUGGCCUACAAGCCAAUCAAGGCGGAGAAACAAGCAACAGAGCCGCCUACAAAGAUUGGCAUCAAACAGCGAAGUUAUAGACGUCGGCAUUCCGAUGAAGAGCGAGACAAGGACAAGACUGUAGAAGAGGAGGAGGUCAAACCAAGCAGCAGCACUGUGAAGGCACAUUUGACCAACAACAUAGACGCCGACUCAGAUUUCAGCAUUGACGACUCCAGCGACGAUGAUGAUGAAAAGUCUGUCAAUAGGCCUGUUAAAGAAUUAGAGACUAAAACCAAAAUCGUAGAAUCAAAACCCAAGAUAGAACAACCAGAAAUAUCGACCGAAAGCAAAGCUGUCAAUGAACCGAAAGCAAAGUCACUCUGCGAAAAGAGUGCAGCAGACAUGGAAAAGCCAUCAGAAGUACAACCCGUGCCAACACCACCCAGAGAGCGUAUCGAUCUUAGCUAUAUCUGGAAGAAGCGUACCGUGGGUGAAGUUUUCGAUGCGGCCGUGGCGCGUUACCAAGAACGAAAGAAAGCGCGACAGGCUUAAAGUAAUUAAAAUUAAUUAUUUAUAAAUGAAAUCGUACAAAGUUCAUUAAAACCGUCGUCAAUGUUCAUA